AUGCCUGCAUUAAUUAAAUGUUGUCAAUCAUGUUUACAUAAAAUCAGUUCAAAAACUUCUCGUGUAUCUAUCAUGUUUGUUCUUACGAUUGUAACGGCUACUUUUGAAAUAAUUUAUGGUAUUCGUGCACGUUCGAAUUCUUUAAUAGCUGAUGGAUUAUAUUCAUUUGCUGAAGGUAUUUGUUUAAUUGGUGUUAUAUUAGUUCUUCAUUAUUCACGUCAGGUAAAGCAUCAUGAAAAAAAGAAUACAUUUGGUUAUGAACGAUUAGAAUUAUUAUUUGGUCUUUCACAAGAAGUAUUUCUUUUAUCAAUAUCAUUGGGUGUUAUAGUUGAUGCUAUUAAUCAUUUAGUUAAUCCUAUUCAUAUACAUGAUCCAAAAUUAUUAAUUUAUCUUGGUGCAGGUGGUAUAGUUAUUGGCAUACUUGGAGUUGUUUUAUUUGAAUCUGUCAUUGUUGUUAUGUCUGGUUUGACGAUUCACUUUGUUCCACAUAUAGAUCCAGUUACAGGAAAAGAAAUCAAUACUUGGUUAAAAUAUAUUGAUCCAAUAUUAACACUUAUAAUGGUUGUUGUUAUUGCUGUUCAUGCAAUUCCUGUUAUAUUUUCUAUAAGUACAGUAUUAAUUGAAAAUGUUCCACGUGGUAUUAAUACCCAAGAUGUAAUGAAAGAAAUUGUUGCAGCUGUACCAGCAAUUAAAAAAAACAACAAAUUUGUUUUUAAUUAUUUUAGAGCAACACCUAAAGAAAUUUAUGCAACAUUACAUCUUAUAUGUGAUGAAGAUGUUAUGUUAAGUACAUGUACAAAUAGAUAUGGUAAAGAAAUACAAAAUAUUCUCAAAAGUUACUGUGUUCGAUAUUUUACAUUACAAUUUGAAUAUGUACAACCACGUCAAUCAGAAGAAUUAGUUGUUUAUAAUUGUGCUUAUGAACUUUUAAGAAAACGUCGUGGUCAUACACUUGAUGAUCCUAUGACAAAAUCAGCCAAAAAUGCAAUAACUCAUAUUUAA